AUGGUCCCUGGCUGGAACCACGGCAACAUCACCCGCUCCAAGGCGGAGGAGCUGCUGUCCAGGGCUGGCAGGGAUGGCAGCUUCCUGGUGCGCGCCAGCGAGUCCAUCUCCCGGGCGUUUGCACUCUGUGUGCUGUACCGUAACUGUGUCUACACUUACAGAAUCCUGCCCAGCGAGGAGGACAAGUUCACUGUCCAGGCCUCGGAAGGCGUCCCCGUCAGGUACUUCACUAAACUGGACCAGCUCAUAGAAUUCUACAAGAAGGAGAACAUGGGGCUGGUGACCCACCUGCAGUACCCUGUGCCACUGGAGGAGGAGGACGCUGGCGACGACCCCGAGGAGGACACGGAAAGUGUCACAUCUCCACCCGAGCUGCCACCCAGAAAUAUCCCUUUCUCUGCUGGGCCCUGUGAGACCAAGGAGCUUCCGGUGCCAGCCGAGAACCUCCGUGCCCCCGAGGCCAGCCGGCCCAGCCUCUCUGAGACACUCUUCCAGCGGCUGCAGACCAUGGACACCAGCGGGCUUCCAGAGGAGCACCUGAAAGCCAUCCAGGAGUACUUGAGCUCCCAGCUGGCCCUGGACUCUGACUUCGUGAAGACGGGCUCCAGCAGCCUCCCUCACCUGAAGAAGCUAACCUCACAGCUCUGCAAGGAGCUCCAUGGGGAGGUCGUGCGCACGCUCCCGUCCUUGGAGUCCCUGCAGAGAUUGUUUGACCAGCAGCUCUCCCCGGGCCUCCGCCCGCGCGCUCAGGUGCCCUGCGAAGCCAGUCCGGCCAGCAUGGUGGCCAAGCUCAGCCAGCUGACAAGUCUGCUGUCCUCCAUCGAAGACAAGGUCAAGGCCUUGCUGCACGAGGGUCCCGAGCCUCCUCACUGGCGUUCCCUCAUCCCUCCCGUCACGUUUGAGGUGAAGGCCGAGUCUCUUGGGAUUCCCCAGAAAAUGCAGCUCAAAGUUGACGUGGAGUCUGGGAAACUGAUCAUUAAGAAGUCCAAGGACAGCUCCGAUGACAAGUUCUACAGCCACAAGAAAAUCCUACAGCUCAUCAAGUCUCAGAAGUUUCUGAACAAGUUGGUGAUUUUGGUGGAAACAGAGAAAGAGAAGACUCUGAGGAAGGAAUAUGUUUUUGCUGACUCUAAAAAGAGGGAGGGCUUCUGCCAGCUCCUGCAGCAAAUGAAGAACAAGCACUCAGAGCAGCCGGAGCCCGACAUGAUCACCAUCUUCAUCGGCACCUGGAACAUGGGUAACGCCCCCCCUCCCAAGAAGAUCACGUCCUGGUUUCUCUCCAAGGGGCAGGGAAAGACGCGGGACGACUCUGCAGACUACAUCCCGCAUGACAUCUACGUGAUCGGCACCCAGGAGGACCCCCUGGGAGAGAAGGAGUGGCUGGAGAUACUCAGACACUCCCUGCAAGAAGUCACCAGCAUGACUUUUAAAACAGUCGCCAUCCACACACUGUGGAACAUCCGCAUCGUAGUGCUGGCCAAGCCGGAGCACGAGAACCGGAUCAGCCACAUCUGCACCAGCAAUGUGAAGACCGGCAUCGCCAACACCCUGGGGAACAAGGGAGCGGUAGGAGUGUCAUUCAUGUUCAACGGAACCUCUCUGGGGUUUGUUAACAGCCACUUGACUUCCGGAAGUGAAAAAAAGCUCAGGAGAAACCAAAACUAUAUGAACAUCCUCCGGUUCCUGGCUCUGGGAGACAAGAAACUGAGUCCCUUUAACAUCACUCACCGCUUCACCCACCUCUUCUGGCUUGGGGAUCUCAACUACCGAGUGGACCUGCCCACCUGGGAGGCGGAAGCCAUCAUCCAUAAGAUCAGGCAGCAGCAGUAUGCCGACCUGCUGGCCCACGACCAGCUGCUCACGGAGAGGAGGGAGCAGAAGGUUUUCCUGCACUUCGAGGAGGAAGAAAUCACGUUUGCACCCACCUAUCGAUUUGAAAGGCUGACUCGGGACAAAUACGCCUACACGAAGCAGAAAGCAACAGGGAUGAAGUACAACCUGCCCUCCUGGUGCGACCGGGUCCUCUGGAAGUCUUAUCCCCUGGUGCACGUGGUGUGUCAGUCCUAUGGCAGCACCAGCGACAUCAUGACGAGUGACCACAGCCCUGUGUUCGCCACGUUUGAGGCCGGGGUCACCUCCCAGUUCGUCUCCAAGAACGGCCCCGGGACUGUGGACAGCCAGGGCCAGAUUGAGUUCCUUGCAUGCUACGCCACUCUGAAGACCAAGUCGCAGACCAAGUUCUACCUGGAGUUCCACUCCAGCUGCCUGGAGAGUUUUGUCAAGAGUCAGGAAGGAGAAAAUGAAGAGGGUAGCGAGGGGGAGCUGGUGGUGAAGUUUGGCGAGACCCUUCCCAAGUUGAAGCCCAUCAUCUCUGACCCCGAGUACCUGCUGGACCAGCACAUCCUGAUCAGCAUUAAGUCCUCUGACAGUGACGAAUCCUACGGUGAGGGCUGCAUUGCCCUUCGGCUGGAGGCCACAGAAACCCAGCUGCCUGUCUAUACGCCACUCACCCACAUUGGAGAGAUGACGGGCCACUUCCAAGGUGCCAUUAAGCUGCAGACCUCCCAGGGCAAGAAGAGGGAGAAGCUGUAUGACUUCGUGAAGACAGAGCGGGAUGAGCCCAGUGGGCCGAAGUGUCUGAAGAGCCUCACCAGCCACGACUCCAUGAAGCAGUGGGAGCCUGCUGCCAGGGCUCCCCUGUGCAGUGCCCCGAGCAUCACCGACAUCGUGAAUCCCAGCUACAUAGGUGUGGGCCCCUUCGGGCAGCCCCUGCACCCGAAGCUGGCCCUGUCCCCGACCCUAGACCAGCCAUUCCCGGCCUGGAGCUACGACCCACUGCCCAAGGACUCCUCCCUGGGCCUGGGGAGAGGGGACAGUCCUCCCACUCCUCCCUCCCAGCCACCGCUGUCGCCCAAGAAGUUGGCCUCCGCCAUGGCAAACCGGGGCCCCUGCCCCCGAGCACAGGAGCCAAGGCCCAGCGAGCUGGGGAAGGGGGCAGCCGAAGCCCUGCAGGAGGACCUGCCACUGACCAAGCCGGAGAUGUUUGAGAACCCGCUAUAUGGCUCUGUGAGCACCUUCCCCAAGCUGGUCCCCAGGAAAGAGCAGGAGUCUCCUAAGAUGCUGCGGAAGGAGCCCCCGCCCUGUCCGGAGCCCACCGCGAUGUUGCCCAGCGUCUUGCUCCCCAAAGCCCCAGAGGCUGAGGGCAGCAAGGGCAUAGCCAAGCAGGCGUCCACGCCCUUCCUCAGCCCCGCACCACGGCUCCGCUCCUUCACCUGCUCGGCCUCCCCCGAGCCCAGGGCCGCCGGAGGGGACCGGAGCCAGGGGAAGCCCAAGGGCCCCGCUGGCUCCCAGGCCCCAGUGGCAGCCAAGAGGCCGAUCAAGCCGUCCCGGUCCGAGGUGAGCCAGCAGUCAACGCCCACCCCUGCUCUCCGGCCACCCCUGCCAGUCAAGAGCCCAGCUGUCCUGCAGCUGCAGCACGCCAAAGGCCGAGACUACCGGGACAACUCCGAGUUCCCACACCACGGCAAGCACCGGCCAGAGGAGGGGCUGCUGGGCAGGACCACCAUGCAGCAGUGACGCCUUUGGGGACUGGCCAGUGACAAGAGCCCAGAGGAGCAGCAGAAGCCUCGGAAGCCUCUCCCACGACCUCCUUCCUUGCUUCCUGUGCAAAGCUUUGUAUUUUGGGGGCACGGCCUCGCUUCUGUGUGGCCCACCAAGUGCGCUGGCUGUGCCCCCGGCAGCAGGUGCCACAGUCGGAAGAUGCACACCGGAGGGCAGCCGCACCCCUGGGUCCCCAGAGUGGCCUUAGUACUUGGGACCCCAGGGUCUUGUUCAAGUCCCCAAAAUGAACUGAAGUGCCAACUUGAGAGUGGAGAUAUAAAUAAUAAUAAUGUUAACAAUAAUAGUGGCCCCUUGGCGGAGGAGUCGGCCUGUGCCACGUGGACAUAAGUGCUUUAGGGACAUUGUGCGGGAUGGCAACAUCCGAGCUGGAGGUGCCAGCCUCGAAGAGGGGCAGAGGCGCCCAGGCCCCUGCGUCCUGAGGGUUUGAGCAGCAAAGCAUUAAGCAGGCUGGUGCCCCCGAGGGCGAGACGGGUUCGGCUGCAGGGACUCGGAGAGUGUGUGUGACUCAUUCAGGGCACAGGCUCAGUCCCGGGCCAGCUUCGGUGAUUAACGCUGCUGUAGACAAGGCGGGGUCUCUGCAGCCACCUGGGGAGCAGGGAGCUGCCCGAGCAAGAGCCAGAAGUCCACUGCGGCUCUCUAGCCGGAAGUCCCGCCUCAGCCUGGGGUCAGGGUGUCCAAAGCCCUGCGGGGUCUGCAUGCCAGGCUCCCGUACGCUGCUCGAGGCAGGCAGCCCCACCAGGCUCUGCUGCCCAUCGGCGAGGCUGGACUUCUCAGUCUCAGGCUCCAUGGCUUUUAGCCCUGUGUCCUUGGUUACUAGGAGAGUAGAUUGUUGGUGUCUUUCCUCAUGUUGCUUUUUGACCUGGAAUGUGUGAGAGCGAGACAGUGAGUACACGCCCUGCGUGGCCGCUGUCCUGUCUGUGUGACCAAUAAACUGUGCCUUUCCCA